AUGUAUGGGAACAGAUAUAAGGGGUUAUCUCCGGAUAAACCCCUUAGCUCUCCACCCGUGCACUCUCCUCCACCUAAACGAACAAAACAAAUAAUGUCCCAAGAAGAAUUUCCCGAACUCCCUCAAUCAAAUAGCAAAAAUCCGAAAUUUAUACUAAUUUCAUCAAUAGAUGAUAAAAAACCUCUUUCAAGUGUAAGUGUUUUUGUGUUGAAGAAAGCUAUAGACGCGAUUAGCAAAGAAUACGACAGCAUUAACCAGCUCCGCGAUGGUAACAUUCUUAUUCUUGCAAAGAAUAAAAGAAUAGCGGAAAAAUUUAUAGCAAUCUCUAAUUUAGCCAACCAGUGUCCGGUUAAAGUAAAAUACCAUGAUAAUCUUAACUCGUGUAAGGGUAUCGUAUUUGCACCAUUCCUUACUAAUGUUCCCGAAUCUGAAAUCAUUUCUGAAAUGUCCUCCCAGGGGGUCACGGAUGUGUACAAAUUCACCAGAAAAAUCGACGGGAAACAGAUUCCCACUGGACUUAUGUUGUUCACAUUUGACCUCUACCAACCACCGACCACGGUGGAAAUUGGUUUCUAUAAAGAAAAGGUUAAAGAGUACAUCCCUAACCCAAUGCGCUGUCGCAAGUGCCAAAUUCUUGGUCAUACCACCAAAAGGUGCUCCAAAGAUGAAGUCUGUGCAAUUUGCAAUCUCCCACCUCAUGAAAACGCCCCCGAAAGUUGUACACGUGUGAUGUGCGCAAACUGCCCCCCAACUGCCGAUCCCCAUCCAUCCUCAUCCGUUAAAUGCCCCAAAUAUAUAAAAAACAAAGACAUUUUGACGAUAAAAACUAGAAAUAAAUGUAGCAUGUCAGAAGCCCAACGCCUAUAUAAAAUUACUAAUACAAAUACAACUCAUACAAACGCAAAUACUUAUACUGAAAUAGCAAAGGUAGGUAAUAACAGUUCUUCCGAUAAUGCCUCUUCACGUGAAAAAUCAAAUACAAAUACAAAUAAAACAGCAAAGCCUAGCCUAAAUGAUAAAACUCAAAAACCAAAAUAUAAUUUCUCCAACACAUCAGCUUCCUCUUCUCUCUCAAACUUAUCAAAUGCAUCAACUUAUUUUUCUCUUUCUAAUCUAUCAAAAACAUUAGAUAAUCAAACCGCUUUUACUCAGCAAACUAACACCUCUCAACAAAAAACAGUUCAAACACAUUUAACUCAAACUAGUUCCCAAAAACAACAAAACAAAACCGAAACAACUCAAUCAUCUUCUUCAAUUUCUUCCACUCAAUCAAAACACAACGAGCUUGAAACUAUGGACGUCUCUACUGACGUAGUGGCAUCUCCCAUAUCCUCUAUUACUCACUCUCUCCUAGAACAAAAAAAAUAUUUUAUACCCCCAUCUGUAAAUGAUGAUGAAAAAGAACCCGAUUUAUAA